GUGCUCUAAGCGAUAGCUUGGUCGGAAUUCGGGCUCUCCGUCUCCGGUCUCACAUCUUUGCGAGUGACCUAGUUCGGUUUAUCCAGGAUAUGGAACACCUGAAUAGGUUAAACCUUGAUGGUACAGUACAAGAUGAUUCAGCCAGAACAAUAUCUUGCUCCUCAUUGAGGAUUUUGGUGGCGGAGGAUCAAAAAGUUCUAGCCUACGUGAAUAUGCCCAACCUCAGUAGUCUCAGGAUUCAGCACAAAUCUGACGCCAAGAGUUGGAAUUCAACUGGUGUACAGCUCGAUCGCAGCUUUGCCCCUAGCGUUCACUCGUUGUCUCUCGACACCACUCUUGCAGAUAUCGUCUUGGUCAAUGGAAGCGAUUUUACGCAGCUGCUCACUCUCAACUGGAUGAACCGCUACGCAGGAUAUUGUUACCCGCACUGCUCGUUCCCUUCCCUCACCAAAGUCUCCUUUAAUGGGAGGCAUGCGCCUCUGGGGGCGAGCUACUUCUGUGAGCUGCUCCUUCGCUACCCUCGAAACUGUCCAAGCCUUGAGACGAUUGCCAUACACGGGUAUCCGGAAUGGGACAUGCUCCUAUAUAUGCUCCUAAGGCGAAAUGUCUAUCAUGGUCGAGAUAACGUUUCACGAAUCACGAACAUAGAACUUCCCAGAUAUCCGGCCCCGUGGAUCUUAGUGCCAUUGAGCGCAUUAUUGCUGGGUAAGAUCCCGCUGGCGAUGCCUCCUCCCGAAGAGCUUUCAUUCGUCGAU